UCCUACAGAGAGAGAAACAGAGAAAGUUGAAGCUCCUCCGCGCAGCUGGAGCGGAUCUUAAAGCAGACAGUGUCGCUGCGCUUCUUCCGGUCUGAACUUGAGUCCAGCUGUCAGCAGCUGUCUCUCUGUUCUGGUUCCUUCAGCGGCUGAUCGCAACUCUUGGUGGCUUUAAUUAGUUAAUCAGCUUAUUACUUUACUCCGGGCUCGUUAAUUACCCGGACAGCCUCCCCGCGCCGCCGCCGCCGCUCAGCUGGAAGACUUCCCGGACCCGGACCCGCGGGGACCGCCCGGUGCGCCGCCGUUACUCCCGGAGAUUUACAGCCGGUGAUCGAGCCCUGACACGGGGCCGUUAAUCAGCUGCUCCCCGGGCUGCGGUGUGCGGGAGUCCGCUGCAGGACUCCCGUCACGCCUCACACACUAAGCACAUAAAGACCCGGGAUACCCCGACAGUCGGCCUGGGACCCGCCCGCCCCCCCCCAUCCAGUUCAGCUCCGCCCGCCCGCCGGAACGCUCAGCUGUAUAACCGCGACUGGUUCAUCCCGAGCGGCCAGAUACGGAGCAGACCUUCCAGACCUGCUGCCAAUGGCGUCCUUCAUCUCCACCCUCCUCCUCGUCUUCAUCGUGGUGGUCAGUCAGUCCAGCGACCCGUCAGAGCCCAUGUGUUAUGACUGGGGGGAGUCCAGUGAGAGGGCGGUCUCAGUCCUGGAGGGGGAGGCCGGGUGGCUCUCCUGUCCUCUCUUUUCUCACCCCUCCGUCUACAACUACACCUCCACCCAGAGCGCCGGACACAACCUCUUCUGGUACCGCCACCCUGAGGGUCACGACCUGGAACAGCCAAUCACUUACAGCUCGCGGCUCAGCAAAGACAGAGAGAGACUGUGGCUGCAGCCGGCCGCCGCCGCCGACACCGGCCUGUACAUCUGUAUGCUACGCAACAAGUCGUCCUGCAGUAAGAUCGCCAUGCGUCUGAAGGUGUUGCGGCCUGACGAGGUGGUCCGCGGUCUUGAUUGCGAGCCUGCAGUUGCCGUGGCAGCAAGUCAUGUGGUCAUCCCUCUGCAGGAAGGGAAGAUGCUGCACUGUCCGGACCUGGAGGACGUUGCCAAGAUAGCUGACAGCAAGCCAACUGUCACCUGGUCCCAUGUGAGAGAGAAGUGGUGUAAGAAUCCGUUCUGGAACAGCGACCGGGAGCCGAAAGGAACCAGUCUGCAGGUUCACGUCAUGUUGAUCCCAUAUAUGGGUUUAUAUUACUGCACCGUCCACUACCAGAGGAGGGGCAAAACACUCAACUUCACCAGGAGCAUCAACGUCACCGCAGUCUAUCCGUCUUCUUUGCCCAAAAUACCCAGCAUCCUCCACCCGGCUGAAAACCAGGUCUUCACUGUCAAACAGGGCACAGAGGUGCGUCUGGUGUGCAAAGGUCUGUUCCCCUACCUGGAAUCUGCGUGGGACAUCUGGUGGACAGUAGAUGGGAAGACGCUGGACAAACAUCCCGACCACCGAUUCUCCAAAACCAGCAGACUGUUGAAGGUGGACUACGGGGACCGGACGGAGGAGAGCGUGCUGGUGAUCCAGGACUUCCGGUUUGAAGACCUGAACAGAGAGUAUAACUGCUCUGUGAGGAACGAGAGAGGCUUCGAGACCCGCCGAGCUCAGCUGGAGUUGGAGGUGUGGUUGCCGUCGGUGGAGCUGGGUUGUGGUCUCGGCGUGACUCUGGUCCUCAUGCUGCUUCUCUUCGUGGUUUAUCACGUCUUCUGGUUGGAGCUGCUGCUGCUCUAUCGCUCCUGGUUCGGCACAGAUGAGCGACACACAGAUGAUAAGGAGUACGACGUGUACAUCUCGUACGCGAGGAACAGCGAGGAGGAGCAGUUUGUUCUGUCGACGCUGCGCAGAGUUCUGGAGGCCGAGCUCGGAUACUCAGUGUGUAUCUUUGACAGGGACAGUCUGCCGGGAGGGACCAUCACAGAUGAGACUCUGAGUUUCGUGGCUCGUAGCCGGCGCCUCCUGGUGGUUGUUAGCCCAGGCUACGCCUCUCAGGGCUCCCAGGCCCUGCUGGAGCUGAAGGCCGGCAUCGACGGCAUGGCGCUAGGCGGGCACCUGCGGGUGAUCCUGAUCCAGUACAAGCCGGUCCGGAGGCAGGGCUGGGUCAGGGAGCUGAGGAGAGCCCGGGUGGCCCUGGCGCUGGUCCGAUGGCAGGGGGACAAGUCCAAGGAGCUGACGUCCCACUUCUGGAAGAGGCUGAGGGUGGAGUUACCUGUGAGGAGGGUUAGCAGUAGGGAGGAGGAUGAGGAGAGCAGUAAGGAGGUGGCCCUGAUGAGGAUGAUUAGUCAGAACAGCACAAACUCUCAAACAGGGCUCAUCACCAACACGGUUAAAGACCCGCAGACCGUCCUCAACUGUGCAGCGUAGCCUUUACAGAGGACUACAUGUGGGUCCUCUCAGUCUCCACAGAACUCUUAAAAGACAUAACUUCAUUAUGACGGGAACCAUGGAGGGCCCACAGUCGGCAUAUGUGUGAUAGAGCUGGGACAGCCUUGGUCUGCACAGAUGUUCCCUUUUUCUGGAUCCAGAUGAGAGUCUCUCUUUUCACCAUCCUCUAAAAGUAGCUACAUGAUAUUUCUAGGUAGGGCUGAUAAAACAAGUACCAAAACGGUGCCUGGGACAAGUUACAACACCAAAGCUCUUAUCAGUUUUCUACAAAACCUUUAUUUCCAUUUAACACAGGACUGAAACUCUGUUUCAAUGAUAAAUAUUAGCAAUGAUAUAUAUGUAACUUACGAUUAGACUUUCACAUAAAACUGGUGGUUAAUUUUGUGAAACAUCGCAAUUUGGUUAGGUUAGGUCUUGUGUGUUGAACAAGGACGCUACAGGCUGCCACGUGCGUUACAAACUGACGCCAACGGGUCUUGACCAUGCGUCCAUAUGUGACGAUUUGGGAGUGAGAACAGGCUCAUCAGUAAUCGUGAGCUAAUUAUAUCUUGGUGCUUCGACUCGUAUCCCACCUCGCACCAGUCUGGCCUGAGGGUGGCGCUAGAGGAAAGGUCAUGGAGUCAUUCUAAAGAGUUCAUCGUCUGGAAAGUACGAAUGGGAUCAGGGCAUUUCAGGACAAUCCAGUCCAGUCUAGGUAGCUAUAUUAAGUGUUGGCUGGACAAGCAGCAGCUCUCCACAGACUGUUCACAGAGCAGACAAAGAUAUAAAAAAAUACAGUGUGGAGAUAAAACACUUCUCCAGAGACCAACAGCAAAGGAUGCUAUUUACCUUUUCUGCCUCAGUAUUAGUUGCCCUCUCAUUAUCAGCAUCAUCACAUUUCAUCUGCACCAUAUCCAUUGAUUAUCACUGUGUAUGUUGUAUUACUGCAGCGUCUGUCCAGAUUACAGAGCAUUUGGUUGUCUUUAAGAAGUCUGGCCAAACUGGUACUAUAUGUGUUUGCUUAGAAGCCAGGAGUUUGGGUUUUUCUUACUGUUUGUACAAAGAGGGCAGAGGCAGCCAACCACAGCAGCUGAUAGGCUGAGACAUCUGUCAGUCAAGGCAAAAAUACACAUAAACCAAGACAUGUUAAAGGAAGUGAAAAAACGGAACUUGUGGAAAUAAGACAAACAUUUUAGGACACCUCAGACUCAGCGGUGCUUUGGUCCACCUGUUCUUUGAGCCGAAAGCUGUGUCUCAAUUUUGAUACUUCCAUCAGUAAACUCACAUGCAGUACACUGCGUACACUAUGUACUUACUUGCAUAGUGUGUGAAUUGCAAUAGGGUAGUGUCUCAAAUCAAACACGGUGGUUGUGCACUUACUGGAAAUGACAAUCCAAACAUUUGACCGCUUCUUCUUCUUUUUAAUCGCGAAUUUUAACCGGGUAGAUCAUUAUUGCCAUCAUUUGACCCUCUGAUUGUCACCGGCCAAAAUAUCUGCUGAGCUUCUUUGCUAACUUAACAAUUCAGUUUUAUUUAAAAAAUUACGUAUUUUUAGAACCACAACAUUGCAGCUUCUUUGGCCACCAUUUCCGCCAGCUUGAAAAUGAGUUAGCGGUCCCUCCCCUUCCGCUAAGUAGCCAAGAUGGCGACCGUUGAAUGUGAGAAGUGUCCAGCGUUCCACACUCAGCUUUUUGAUGUUAUGAGUAAACUAUCUGGGUACUCACAGUGCAUUGCAUUCUGCUAUAAUUGUCAGUGUUAACACACUCAAAAUAGUAAUUGUAAGUAUGGAAGGGCGCAAAUUGAGACACAGCAUAAGGCUAAUGUUAGGAUGCCUUAGCAUGUUUAAGAUCCUAAUAGUACCAUAUAUUAUAUCAGCAUUUAUUUCAGUUAGUUAACAGAUAUCUUAUACACGGGAAAUGUUAAGGGUAGAAGAAGACUAGAAGAACUAGAAGAAAAGUAAAAGGAUCAUCACAGUCAGGGAGAUUCAAUUGAAAUAAAUAAAGUUGGGUGUCGUCUGCGUAGAGGGAGAUUACAAUGUCAUAUGCUCUAGUCUUUAAAAGAACCACAGCUGUAAAAUGUUACAGUUAAUACACACAGAGGAGGGACAUUUCAAAUAUUAGUAAAACUGAUUGUUACUUUAAAAUGUUGCUGUCACAAUGCACUUUCUGUUUCCACUUUUAUACUUAUUAAAAAUGACAGUAUUGUAAUUAGUUAAUGCAUGCAGGCACUCAGUAUUUCAUCUGUUUUUUGUUUUUGUUAAUAAAUGAUUUUUUAAAUUUAA